CCCGGCGCGGCUCAGCCCGGCCCGGCUGCUUUUGUCUCUGCUGGGAGGAGCCAGCAAGAGGCAGAUUGCUGAAGAAACACCACCCCAAGUGCUGGCCGGCCGCCAGGCAGUGUAAAACUCCGGCCGGUUGGUGGCAAGUUUCGCCAGAUCGUGGCGAAGAGGCGGCACAUCCGUCGGUCGGCGGCGGAGCGGCGCGCCCCGCGCAGCGCCCGCUCUGCGGCCCGGCGGGCAUGUUUAUGGGCUGUCUGAUGUCAGCGGAGACUCUUGAUAAGACUUCCAAAGUUCGACUGGAACGCAGGUAGUGUUUACUGACUCCUCAAUCCCUUAUGGAAGAAUUUCAAUUCCUUAAAUUUCCAGAAACCAAAGACACAGAAUAGGUUGAGUCCUUGGGUGUGAAGAAUUGCUGACAUCACUGAGAUUAACACUUGGACCUUCAAGAGAAGAGGCUUUCUGACAGCCUUGCGUCACUCCACCUGACCCUAUGACUGGAGGGUUCACCAUAGCUCCAUCUGUUGCUCUCCAGUUCCACAAGAUGGGUUCGUUCAGAAGGCCCCGACCUCGCUUCAUGAGCUCCCCCGUCCUCAGUGACCUGCCACGGUUCCAGGCUGCCCGGCAGGCUCUGCAGCUCAGCUCUAACUCUGCCUGGAACAGUGUUCAAACAGCUGUGAUAAAUGUGUUCAAAGGGGGAGGCUUGCAGAACAAUGAGCUUUACAGCCUCAAUGAAAAUAUCAGACGGCUGCUGAAGAGUGAACUUGGAUCCUUCAUCACAGAUUACUUUCAGAACCAGCUCCUUGCGAAAGGUUUGCUGUUUAUAGAGGAGAAGGUUAAGCUGUGUGAAGGUGAGGAUCGCAUUGAAGUCCUGUCUGAAAUCUGGGAUCACUAUUUUACAGAGACUCUUCCUACACUCCAGGCAAUAUUCUACCCAGUCCAGGGUCAGGAAUUGACUAUCCGCCAGAUUGCUCUUCUUGGCUUCAGAGACUUGGUCUUGCUAAAAGUAAAGUUGGAAGAAAUUCUUCCUCUGGUCCAGACAAAGCUCCCAGCUUCCAUUGUCCAGAUGCUGUUAAUUCUGCAGAGUGUCCAUGAGCCUACCGGCCCCAGUGAGGGCUACCUACAGCUGGAAGAACUGGUCAAGCAGGUGGUAUCACCAUACUUGGGUUUGUGUGAGGAUCACAGCUUCUCUGGUAGCACCUGCUUGCUUGAGAGACGGUACUCCAGAACCCAUGCUAAGACUGGUGUACUCAAUUAUUCAUCUCACAUGGUGACGAGCCGGCAACCCAGCGAGAUGGCCCUGACCCCGCUGACGGAGCAGGAGGGUGAGGCUUACCUGGAGAAAUGUGGUAGCAUCCGUCGCCACACUGUUGCCAACGCUCAUUCGGAUAUUCAGCUCCUGGCAAUGGCCUCCAUGAUGCACACGGGAAUGGUGAUUGAGGAGUCAGACAGUACUGACAAAUGCCGCCUCCUGCAGCCCAGUUUUAGCCACAGGCAGUGCUCCAGUGAGCCCAGUAUUGCCGAUGGACCAGAGGAAGUUGUAGCAGCAGGUAGGCAAGACCCUGCAGAGCUGAACUGCACAUCAGUCAGCUAGAAGAAGUCGUGCUGAGGAGAACUGUAUGCACAAAACUGGACAAACUGUUCUGUCAUCCCUGCUGGGAAAAAAAGAAAAAAAACCUUGAGUUUUGCUCAUGUCAUUGAAAUGGCCUUGAGGGAUCUUACAUCUCUUUGGAGAUCUGUUUUUUGUCUCUCUAGAUUUGUUUUUCUUGCCUGUCUGGGAUCACUGUUGAUGGAGGUACCAGGCUGCUCUUGAGUGAGCACCAAGGGCUGCAAAGGCUUUGCUGUCUACCUUCUGUAAGCUUUCUUUCUCUGCUAGUCCAAACCUUUUGGCCUCAGAUUUCCUUCUGUUUCUUUGGUAUGAUACAAAUUAGCCUCUUUCUGCUUUUCUUCAUUUUCCCCAGCUUUGUGCUGCUUUUUUGCUGUUUGUUCCUGUGGCGGAGCACCCUGUGCUAAAUGUUCCCUUUGCUUCUGGUGCUGAUGACUGCAGACUGUGUUUUUCUCUUUUAAAGUUGAACUCAGGGAUGAAACCAUUUGCAUCCUGCAGAAAGAUCUGCUCAGGUGGCUUGUAAGAGUAAGAGAUAGUUCACUUUGCCUCCCAUGGGCAUGGAUGAAAAGUUGAAAUCCAAACAAAUCAGACUUCUGCCCGUGUCCAGACCUCAGGAGAACUGAGUGCAUGUAGAGUCCCAGCUGAGUACUUCAUAAGUACUGUAUUUCGUUCCAGUCAUAUCUUUGCGGGUGGCAGUGUAAACUUGGGUACAAAGGAGGAGUAGGUGUGUAAACUGAGGGAAAAAUAUAGUCCUGAACAUCCUGGCAUUUGGUAUCUAUUUGGUCUCAAAAUUUCAGUGGUGGUCAGGCUACAAUGACAGGAGAAAUCCAAAUGAAUUCCUCUGGGAAGGAGAUGCUGGGCAGAGUCUGUGCUUGUGCGGGAGACAUAAAGGCCCUUCCUUCUCAGCACUGGGCCAUCAUGACUCUAGACCAGGAGGUGACAAACAGGAUUUCAUCCUUGGGCUGCUCUGAUACUUCUUGCACUUGCAGAUUUUGUGAGACCAAAGAUAACCAGCCGGUGUAGAAAGGAGUCGUGUCUUGGUAGUGUAUUUGUGAAGUGCUCCUGACCUCCAGUGGUAUCUGACUCAGCACAGUGUUGCUUUUAAGAUAAAGCGAGGCUCUCUGCAGUCUUUGUUUUUAUUUUGAGGAUUAGGAGUGAGUCCAGUUUGCAAGUGUCUGUGUCAGGCAGUACCAUCCGCUGUGUCUGCUUUGUAGCAUCAUUCGGUACUCAAAUGCUACUUCUAUGAGAACAGAACCAAUCUGUUCAAGCAGUCCCCUGGGAUACUCUGCUGAUGUCUUGCUAAGCAGAUUUGAAAGUGUAAUUACAGGCUUAGAAGUGAACUGAAAUGCUGCCUUAAAUGUCAAAUCUCAUUAAAAAUAUGGAUAUAACACCACUGCCACUCAAAUCUAGUCCCUGUGGUACUGACUGUAAAUAAAUCUGUCUUGACAAGGAAACAGAAGGUUAGGAUGCGCCUUCGGGAUGGUUUGUUUUUUUUUUUUGCAUGGUAUGACAUUAACUGCAGAAUUUGCCUGCUUCUGUUAGACAUUAAACAUCUUCUGUUCCACUGGUUGCACCACAAGUACAGCUCUGACCUGUCAGGAUUUGGCUGUAGUAGCAUGUGCAGCAAAAAUAAAGCAGAUUAUUAUUUGGAAACAAAGCAUCAGAAAUACCAGUGAUGGGCACAAGUCAUACUGCCUUUGUAAACAAGGGUGUUGCUUUGUCUCCUGCGGCAAGUGUUGAAGAAGAUACUUGAAAGGGUCUGCUCUUUCUUGCAGUCAGCUAAGGUACCCUAGCUAUUGGCCUUUGUGGAAAUGCCAAGUGUUUUGAUCACCAGCUGUUCUUACAUGCUGGAGAACAGAGAUGUAGUUAUGCUGGCUGCUUCCUUCUCAGAGCAUGCACAGUCCAGCAGAGGCCAGGAAGAUGUGUACUUCAAGCAGUCUUCCCUUCAGAUGGAUUCUAGGAUAAAUUGCCCUCCUUUCACAAACUGGACUGACCAAGCCAACUUACUUGUAUCCAUCUGCCCCAGGGUGGCCACGGAUUGUGGCGGAGCUUCAGAAUCUCUGUAGUGACAGCCAAACCUAACAGACCAUGCUGGUCUUACCUUGGCAUGGUCCCUCCCAUGUGGGACAGAUGAUGGCAUCCUGCUCAAAAGGGAGGUUUUUGGCCCCUUGCUGUGUUUUAAGGCCUUCUCUUAGUCGUAGUGGGGUAUGUAGGGAAGUGAUCACCCUGCAGCAUUUCAGUUCACUGUUAUGAAUGGUUUUCUUCUUUCUGUUUCUUCUCUAACCCAUUUGCCUUCUGUAAAUACCCAAACCAUUUGGAUUAGUGAGCAGCACCCUCUUUUAUGGAGGCUGGAAUGAUUUAUUUAUUUCCUGACAUAUUUUUGGGUCAUCUCUAGAGCUAAUAGGAAUACAGUCCUGGUUUUAACUUGAA